GGCCCUCGCGCGGGGUUUGAAGACGGACCCCGCCUGCUGCUGCGGGCCCACGGGUUUCCGCCGGUGGCGCGGGUUUCUGAAAGUAAAAGGACGGAGACGUGAAGGCCUCACGAGGCCCAAGGAGCAGAGAGAAGGGAGUCAAAGGCGGGCCCCGUCAGACCUCCGGGAGGAAAGGGAGCAGGCCGCGACCCGUGCUGAGUUGUCUCAGAGGUGGCAGAAUUUGAUCUGGGCCUUGAAGAGGAAGAAUUUGGGAAAAGCAAGUGAGGCAUUCCAGUCUUUUAGGAUGAACCUAUUUUUCCUUCCCGGGAACGUAUCAUUUGCCAGUGAGUUUGUGUUGUUGGAAGGUUUUCUGCUAAAAUUCAAGAGAAUAUUUAUCAACAUGAUAAGCACAAGUACUGGAAAGGCAUCGCGAAAGGAUAGGAUUUAGUUUCCCGUAACUUCUGAACCAAUGGAGAGAAAAUGGGAAGCAAAACUGAAGCAAAUUGAAGAACGAGCAGCUUGUUAUGAGAGGAAACCAUUGUCCUCAGUAUACAGACCGAGAUUGUCCAAGCCAGAAGAACCACCUUCCAUUUGGAAACUAUUCCAUCGGCAAACUGAAGCCUUUAAUUUUGUUAAAAGCUGUAAAGAGGAUGUUCAUGUAUUUGCUUUGGAAUACAAAGUGGGUGAUGGACAACGUAUUUACCUGGUAACAACCUACACUCAACUUUGGUUUUACUAUAAAUCCCGAAAAAAUCUCUUACACUGCUAUGAAGUCAUUCCUGAAAACGCUGUGUGCAAGCUUUAUUUUGAUUUGGAAUUUAACAAACAUGCGAAUCCUGAAGCUGAUGGGAAAAAGAUGGUUGCGUUACUCAUCGAGCAUGUUUGUAAGGCACUUCAAGAACUAUAUAGGGUUAACUGUUCAGCCGAAGAUGUUUUCAACUUGGAUUCUAGCACCGAGGAAAAAUUUAGCCGCCAUCUAAUAUUUCAGCUCCAUGAUGUGGCAUUUAAAGAUAACAUUCAUGUUGGUAAUUUUGUGAGAAAAAUAUUGCAGCCUGCUUUUCACUUAAUUGCCAGUGAAGACGAUAGUAUUUCAGAGAAAACGGGCCAUGGGUUUUCCCAUUUUUCUGAAACCCCAAUUAAACAAGGAAUUUCCUUUGGCAAAAUGUCCCCAGAUCAGGAUGGAGGAGAGAGCUGGACAUUGAAUUCAGAGGAACUGGAGAGGCCGGGGUCAGCUAAGCAAAGCAGUCCUGAUCUUUCAUUUUUAGUUGUGAGGAAUAACACAGGAGAAAAGCAACUUUUUGUAGACCUGGGAGUUUAUACAAGAAAUAGAAACUUUCGGCUGUAUAAAUCAUCGAAGAUAGGGAAGCACGUGGCUUUGGAGAUUGCUGAAGAUAACAAGUUUUUUCCUAAACAUUCGGAGACUGUAUCUGAAGAAAAUCAAUGUUUCCUGUCUUCUUUGGUCAGCAAUGUCAGAUUCUCAGACACUUUACGAAUUCUGACAUGUGACACAUCUCAAAAUAAAGAAAAACGAAUUGAAUGUUUUAGCAGCACCAACACUAAAGCAGAAAACAUUGAGGGUUUUCAUUGUUCGCCCUACCCUGAAAUUGAUCAAUUUGUUCUUUCUUUGGUGAAUAAAAAUGGCAUUCAAGGAGGAAUUCGGCGUUGGAGCUACUUUUUCCCAGAAGAGUUACUGGUUUAUGAUAUUUGUAAAUAUCGCUGGUGUGAAAACAUCAGAAGAGCGCACAAGAGCAAUAAUAUCAUGAUUUUGGUUGAUCUGAAAAAUGAAGUUUGGUAUCAAAAAUGUCAUGACCCUGUAUGUAAAGCAGAAAACUUCAAAUCGGACUGUUUUCCAUUACCUGCUGAAGUUGGUCUCCUGUUUCUGCUCAAGGAGGAAGAAGAGUUCACAGCAACUGAAACAAUGAACAGUGAAACCGAGAAUCCUCAUAAACCACCAUCUAGUAUGUUGUCAAAAGGUGUAGCUUCUGAUGCUGACUGGGAUAAUGGCAUUGAUGAUACUUAUUUUUUGGAAGCUACUGAAGAUGCUGAAUUAGCAGAAGCUGCAGAGAAUGGUCUUCUCAGUUAUUAUAGUGGAGUGGAUGAAAUUCCUGAUGAACUAAUUUUGCAAGUAUUGCAAGAGUAAUUAACUCUGGACUGGUAUAUAAGUAGGCUGUAAUUUUGCCUGAAGGCGGUUUAGUAACAUAAAUAUAUUAAGUUAUAGUAACUUUUUAUUAAAACCGUCUAUAUCAACUAAGUUUUAUCACUCUGCUUCUCAAUUCUUGUUUUUUACUGAAGUAAGCCAGUUUUAUUGAAAAUUAGCUUUGAAAUUGUAACUGACCAGAGUUGGUAUAUGUUCAUAUCAGCUUAAUUUUGCAUGUUUAUUUAUAGGUUAAAACUCUUAUUAAAAAAUUUUUUUAAAUUGAGGUGUCAUUGACAUACAGUAUAUCUGGGUGUAUAUUGUAGUGAUUUGAUAUCUUUAUACAUUACAAAAUGAUCCCCAUGGUAAGUCUAGUUACCAUCUGUUAUCACACAAAGUUAGUACAAUAUUAUUGAUUAUAUUCUCUGUACUGCAUAUCACAUCCUCAUGACUUUUUAAGUUUAUUUAUUUUGAGAGAGAGAGAGUGAGUCAGUCUGGGAGGGGAAGAGAGAGAGAGAGAAUCCCAAGCAGGCUCCAUGCUGUCAGCACAGAGCCCAGUGUGGGACUGGAUCCCAUGAACCGGGAGGUCAUGACCUGAGAUGAAAUUUCAAGAGUCAGAUACUCAACCAACUGACCCAACCAAGCACCCCCCUCAUGACUUAUUUUGUAACUGGACAUUUGUAGCUCUUAGUCGUCUUCAUCCCUCCUUCUGGUAACCAACAAUUUCUUGUAUCUAUGCGUCUGUUCUGCUUUAUUUUUAGAUUCCACGUGAAAGUGAAAUCAUAUGGAAUUUUGUCUCACUUAUUUCAUUUAGCAUAAUAUACUCUAGUUCCAUCCAUGUUGUUACAAAUGGCAAGUUUUUAUUUUUUAUGGCUGAGUGAUAUUUCAGUGUGCAUGCGUGUGUGUGUGUACAUGUGUGUGUACCUCAUUUUCUUUAUUCAUCUAUCAGUGGACACUUAGGUUGCUUCCAUGUCUUAGCUGUUAUAAAUAGUGCUUCAAUAAACGUAGGUACAUACAUUCUUUUGAA